AUGAGUUUUGUCAUCAUGAGCACCCGAAGCUUUAAGGAAGGUUUCCUUUCCAUCUGGUCCGCCGUCAUGGUGUGCGCACUCGCCGUUGGCGGCACCAUCAUUAUGCGGAAAUUUCACAAUUCCAUGGCCGUUGGAUUUUUCAUGGGCGCCGUUGUUUCAAUGAGUCAAAUGUUCUUUCUACUUUUUCUCACUUAUAUUGGUUACGAACGAGAUCAGGCAUUCAUAAACAUGCCUAACAAGGCAGAGUCUAUCAUGGCCUUUCUCGCUCUUUGCCAAAGUGUUCUGUUGGGCAGCUUUGCCGCGAUACUGGCUGCGCAUCGAUCCGAAAUUCUCGACAAGCCCGAGAAUUCCGCCAUGGAGAUGACGGGCGAAGCACACGGGGCACCGACGGUAUCCUACGAAGCACCAGGUACGAUGGCUUAG